AUGGACUUACCUAAAAGUGAGAAACCCAAAUACCUUGCUCCCGACGUUGCAGUAAGUGCUGUUUUAGCUCCAAGUCAGGAACUUCCAGCCGAAACACCAACUGUCUGCGGCUAUGACUGGGAAAACGGGACAGAUUAUAACAAAAUUCUCGAGAGUUAUGAACGCUCUGGAUUUCAAGCCACAAGCUUUGGUAAAGCAGUCACGGAAAUCAAUAAAAUGUUAAAAUGUCGCUCCGUCCCAUUGUCUGAUGAAAAUCGUGAUCCUUAUGAAGAAGAUGUAUUCAUAAAAAAGACUACUAAUUGCACUAUUUUCUUAGGAUACACAUCCAACAUGAUUUCUUCAGGUUUACGUGAUACUAUACGCUUUCUGGUAAAAAAUAAACUUGUAGACUGUAUCGUUACUACUGCUGGCGGUGUAGAAGAAGAUUUUAUUAAGUGCCUCGCUCCUACUUAUAUUGGAGACUUUAAUUUAAGUGGCAAAGUUUUAAGAACCAGGGGAAUCAAUAGAAUUGGUAAUUUGUUAGUCCCCAAUGACAAUUACUGCCUAUUUGAAGAAUGGGUAACUCCAUUACUGAAUGAAAUGGUUGAUGAACAGAUUCAAGAAGGUACUAUAUGGACACCUUCAAGAAUAAUAGCAAGAUUAGGAGAAAGAAUCAACAAUGAAAGUUCAGUUUGUUAUUGGGCUUGGAAAAAUAACAUCCCAAUUUUCAGUCCAGCUUUGACUGAUGGUUCGCUUGGUGAUAUGAUGUAUUUUCAUUCAUAUAAUAAACCAGGACUUGUCAUUGAUAUACUAGGAGACCUCCGUCGGCUUAACACCAUGGCUGUUAAGGCAAAUAACACUGGUGUAAUUAUUCUUGGUGGUGGUGUUAUAAAACACCAUAUUUGUAACGCUAAUCUUAUGAGAAAUGGUGCUGAUUUUGCUGUGUAUGUUAAUACAGCUAGUGAAUUUGAUGGUAGUGAUUCUGGAGCAAGGCCAGAUGAAGCCGUCUCAUGGGGGAAAAUAAAAUCAAAUGCCACACCGAUUAAGCUGUAUGCAGAUGCAACAUUAGUCUUUCCACUGCUUGUUGCUCAGACUUUUGCUAAAUAUCAUUUUGGCAAUAAAAAGAAUGUUUAA